UCGAUAUAUGUUACCUCCGCUACUCUGUUGUCGUCUGCCGAAACCCGAAACUCCGAAAGAGUGAGGUUCUAUGCGGUAGAAGUUACUGCUCUGGGAGAAAAAAAAUAACAUGCUAGCGAAUAUUAGAAAUGUUUCUCAGUUAUUAUGGCGGAAUGGAAGAAGUGUCCACACUUCAGCAGCAUCUUUAAGUGAAAACCUGUUUGUUCACAGAGAUUCCAAAGAAAACAACCCAGAUAUUCCAUUUGAAUUUAAUGAAGCAAAUAAGAAGAGGGCAGAAGCCAUAAUGGCAAUUUAUCCUGAGGGACAUAAAAGAGCUGCUGUCAUUCCCUUGCUCGACUUAGCACAACGACAACAUGGAUGGUUACCAAUUUCAGCAAUGCACCAUGUUGCUGAACUUCUUGGCAUGCCACGAAUGCGUGUCUAUGAAGUUGCAACGUUCUACACAAUGUUUAUGAGGCAGCCAACUGGCAAGUUCCAUGUGCAAGUGUGCACAACAACACCUUGUUGGUUAAGAGGCUCUGAUGAUAUUAUGAACUGUAUCAAAAGGAAAUUAGGAGUAGGACCUGGGGAGACGACAAAAGAUGGGAUGUUCACGGUAUCGGAAGUAGAGUGUUUGGGGGCUUGUGUGAAUGCCCCCAUGAUACAGGUCAAUGAUGACUAUUAUGAGGACCUAACUGUGAAAGAUACUGAAGAAAUUUUGGAUGACCUCAAGAAUGGAAAGCAGCCUAAAGCUGGACCAAGGAAUGGCCGUUAUGCUGCAGAACCAGCAGGCGGCCUCACAUCACUAAAGGGAGAACCUCCAGGCCCUGGUUUUAAAGUGCGCUCAGAUCUCUGAACUGUGUUAAAGUAAUCAUUUAAAUAAAAGUGUAUGUAAUUAAUAAAUAUUUUAUGUUGGUAACAAUA